AUGGCUCAAACUCUCUCGUCACGCCUAGUUCGCGUGCUCAUAUUGAACUUGCUCAUUAAUUUUGUCUGGGGUGCAGAAUUGCUCCCAAGGGCGGCUCCUAAUGAGUAUUGGAAGUACUUGGGCUGCUACACCGAUUCGGUGGGAGCCAGAACGUUAUCGCGGGUUGGCUACACGAUGGGCGGUCCAUCCAACAUGACAGUAGAGAACUGUGCCGAGGGGUGUCGCAAUGCAGGAUUCAAUUUUGCAGGUAUGGAAUACGGCGGUGAAUGUUGGUGUGAUAGCCAAGUGCGAAACGGCGGCCCUGCUCCGGAUGGCGAAGCCAAAUGUACCAUGCCUUGCAAUGGUAACCGUCAGCAGAUUUGUGGCGGACCCGAUCGACUGAGCAUGUACCAAUAUACCGGUGGGCCAGCAUCCUCCAACACUUCAACAGCAGAUCCGUCUCCAACCGGAUCACCUGUAUCAACAAUGACAUCGGUCAGCGCGACACCGACGCCAUUGCCAACUGCUUUGCCAACUGGCUGGGGAUACGCGGGUUGCUAUGUGGAUAACCGAAACGGACGUGUAAUGGAUAAAUUGCUGCCCGACGACUCGAAUCUCACAGUCGAAUCCUGCGUUACGCGCUGUCAAGACAUGGGGUAUAGCGUCGCGGGAAUGGAAUUUGCGAGACAAUGUUUCUGUGAUAAUUAUGUUCGCAAGCAAGCCGCAAAGGCGAGUGAUACAGAGUGCGCUAUGAGCUGUACAGGCAACCCAAAUCAGAAAUGCGGUGGUCCCGAUCGCUUGAGUGUAUAUUCUAAGGGCGACUUGGUUGUCUUGCCAAACCCAGCUACACAAACAGGAGGCCUUCCUGGAUCAUGGAAAUACCAAGGAUGUCUUGAGGACAAUAUCAACCGAGUACGGACAUUUCCAUAUCAAAUAAUCAACCAAAACAAUAACUCCGCGACGACCUGCUUGAAUCGAUGCGCAAUGUUUGGAUUUGGAGCCGGCGGGAUGAGCUAUGGUCAAGAGUGCUUUUGUGGUGAUGUCACCGACAUUGCCAAAGUCGGCGCCAAACUUGUUCCAGAAGACAGAUGUUCCAUGGUUUGCACGGGAAACCAAACAGCAAUAUGUGGGAGCGGGAACUUGAUAUCCUAUUAUAAGUGGACAGGAACUCCAUUGCAGACAUGGGACUUUCGAUCAGGUAAUAACGCCGGCAGGUACGAGUUUCUCAUUGGCGGAGUCGUUGUGUCGCUUAUGACAACUAUUGGUAUCAAUGGCAAGGUUACUUUUCAAGAGAAGUUCGGAACGGGAGAUCCCAAUUCGACAGGGGCGUAUGAGUUUGACCCAGUAUUCGAGAAAGAUUUUAGCAAAGCGUGGCGUACUAUGCAUGUUAAAACCGAUAUCUUUUGUUCUGGAGGUCUUGUUCUUCCCGACAGAGCAGGGCGGCAAUUGACAGUGGGUGGCUGGUCUGGAACUUCAACACAAGGUGUUAGGCUGUACUGGCCAGACGGCUCUCCCGGAAAACCAAGUGUCAACGACUGGCAAGAAGAUCCUGAUAAAUUGGCAUUGCAAAAUGGUCGAUGGUAUCCAUCUGCCAUGGUUAUGACUAAUGGGUCUAUCCUAGUUGUGGGAGGAGAAGAAGGCUCUAACGGCAGGCCUGUCCCAACACUUGAGAUCCUGCCACGAGUUGGCCCCGUUCUAUUCAUGGACUGGCUUCAACGAACAGAUCCAAAUAAUCUCUACCCGUAUCUCACACCUCUGCCAAGUGGAAAUAUUUUUGUGGCAUAUUUCAACGAGGCGAGAAUUUUGAACGAGGUGACAUUCGAUACAGUGAGGACAUUGCCUAACAUGCCAGGUGCGGUCAACAACAACGACGGUGGACGAACGUAUCCCUUGGAGGGAACUAUGGUGCUUCUGCCGCAGCAUGCACCAUAUAAAGACCCCUUGGGUGUCUUGCUGUGCGGAGGUUCCGCCCCAUUUAGUGGUGAUGCUCUCGAUAACUGUGUAUCCAUGCAACCAGAAGUGCCGAACAGCAAUUGGACAAUCGAAAGAAUGCCUUCCAAGAGGGUUCUUACAUGUAUGGCAGGCCUGCCGGAUGGCACAUUCCUGAUUUUGAACGGUGCAAAGAAAGGCGUUGCAGGGUUUGGCCUCGCGAAAGAACCAAACCACAAUGCCGUUUUAUAUGAUCCUUCGAAGCCAGUUAAUCAGCGAAUGAGUGUCAUGGCCAACACGACAAUCUCCCGAAUGUACCACUCUGAAGCCAUCCUCAUGGCCGACGGAAGGGUGCUUGUUUCUGGUUCAGACCCGCAAGAUGCCGAAUUCCCCCAAGAAUACCGUGUGGAAGUCUUCCUGCCUCCAUAUCUUCUGUCGGGAGCAGCUCGUCCGACUUUCACCAUCCAAAACAAGGACUGGGAAUAUGGUAAGCAGUAUCAGAUUAGAGUCACGUCGGGAAAUAUGUCAAGGGUCAAAGUCUCGUUACUCGGUCUGGUAUCCAGCACCCACGGUAACAGUUUUGGCUCACGAACUAUCUUCCCUGCCUUCUCCUGUUCUGGAAGAACUUGUACGAUCACGGCGCCGCCAAAUGGCCAUGUCUGCCCUCCAGGAUGGUUCAUGUUGUUUGUUCUGGACGGGCCAACGCCAUCAGUGGCCGCCUUCGUUCGCAUUGGGGGCGACCCAGGUAGACUUGGAGACUGGCCUAAAUUGCCCGGCUUUAGUCUUCCUGGUGUCAACUAA